AUGCUGUUCGUUAACCUCCAUACUCCUUUCUUGAUGCGGUUCCUACUCCCCUCUUUGUUGAAUAGGGAUUCACAAAGAUUAAAAGUUUCUAACACGGAUUUGGGAAAUGGACAGGCUGAACAACUCCUCCGCUACGCGGGCGAUGGUAACCCUGCUGCGUUGUCCCAAACAUAUGCCCUCGUUUCCAUGCUCCACGCAGACGCGGCCCUCGCCCACCAGCUAACCCCUAAACCCAUUCCUCGCCCUCGACCGCCACGGCCAGCGCCAUAUCCAGGCGCACAGAAAGUUCUCGAUAUCCGGCCGCUGCCUAAAGAGCAGCUAACGGGUCGACGUCAUGUGCCACAUAUACGAUUCAUAAAUGCGGAACGCACGGCAUUCCUGAUGUUCAAGAAGCCACAGAGCCCAUAUCUCAGUCGGGUGUUGAAACAAGUAAACAAGGCAAGGAUAGGGAGGCUUCAAUUCCUGGAAGAUGUCGAGGAGGAUAUUCAGGUAGCUAGACUGGAGGCAGAGUGGGAGACUCUGGUUGAAGAGGCGGCAAAGGCCGAGGGCCAGGAUCCUCAGGUUGUGAGGAAGGGUGAUAAGGAGUGGGGGGCGUCGGAAGCUUGGACGAGAGAUCUGGCUCGUGAAAGACGUGCUGUUCAAAGACGUCUCUCGGCUUCGCAUGUAAAGGCGGGCGAGAUAGCUGUCCGGAUGAUGGAUAUUAAGGACGAGGAAGAGAGGUUGUUGAGGGAGGAGAAGAAGGAGGAGAAACACAAGAAGAAUGAGGAAAGGAAGGCUAGAAAGAGGGAGAGGGAGUUAAGGAAGAAUGAUUCUUAG